AUGCCGCCGAAAAGACGUCUUCCUUCGUUAGGGCUUGAUAGAAGGGUACGGGUGAGACGGGAAGACGAAUGGCAACCGGACACAACGCUUACGGAUGACGAAUCUGGGUCCGACGUUUCUGAAGCGGCAUUCGACCGUGAUGACGGUAUGAGGCAGCGCGAAACGUCACCGUCAGAGACCAGUUCAGGCACUGCUUCAGAGGGGGAAGAAGGUUCGGACGAAGAGACGGCCCCAGUUAACAUAUCCGCCGUCUCCUUCGGCGCCCUCGCCCGAGCACAAGCUUCUCUACCACCACCCGAGCGCAGAGCGAAAAAAGCUGGUGCUGAAAUGACAGAGGACGAUUCCAACGCAAAAAUCUCCAUCCGGGAACCCAGGAAGAAGGAGGAAAAGGUCAAGCCUCCCAAACGCAGCUCCAAACACGCACCUCAGGAGCAGUCGUCCAAGAAGCCCGUAUCUCGCCGGCGCGAAAUACUGGCGGAUCCUCGUCGCAAGUUCCGCGAUCCGCGUUUCGACCCCCCCACCGGCCACUUCGACGAGAGCAAGUCCAAGAAGGCGUACGCUUUCCUCGACGACUACCGUGACAGCGAAAUCGCCGACCUACGGGCCCAAGUGAAAAAGACCAAGGACGGAGACGCGAAGGAGGUCCUCAAGCGCCAGCUGCUGUCCAUGGAGUCGAAGAAGAAGACACGUCUGCGCAAGGAGGAGGCCGAGAGGGUGCUGGCCGAGCACCGGCAGCAGGAGAAGGAUCUCGUAGCCCAGGGAAAGAAGCCGUUUUAUCUCAAGAAGAGCGAGCAGAAGAAGCAAAUGCUAACAAAUCGAUACGAGAGCAUGAGCAAAGGACAGGUCGAAAGGGCCAUUGAGAGGAAGCGGAAGAAGAUGGCAGGCAAGGAGAAGAAGGAGUUGGGGGCGCUGGAGCGAGUGAGAAGCCGUCGAUGA